AUGAAGGCGCCCAAGUUUAUGUUCAUCAACAAAACAGCCGACUCAGAUUCCCUGUCGCACAGCCACAAGAGUGAAAGAAUCAAGAUCCACAGCCACGUCCAGAAGGGACGACGGUACAAGAAAUCUGCGGAAGGGGUCAUCUACGCCAUACCGCUACCGCAACUUCGGCCUGAAGGGCAAGAUGAUCCGAUGCAUGACUGUCCAGACGAGCUUGGCCACGAGCAAGACUACCCUGCUGGGCCCUCACCAGAAAAUGAAUCGGGCCUGGUGCAUUACCAAUCAGCAUCUCCGAUGAGCGGCCACAGUGACAGUGAGCAGUACCUGCAGCUGCUCGAUCCCAACAUUGACCCGUUGCUAUGGGAAUAUUCGUCACCACAUCUGCGAUUGUCAGGCUCGCCUCCCUCGAUCCCCGUAUUCCCAGCCUCGGCCGAGGAUUCUUUCGAUCCUUUCGAGGUGACCUGCGUCCGGGUCGACCAAGGCAUCCACAGCCUGCUGCACUAUUUCCUUCGGGUGUGGCACCCGAACAUGUGGCAUCUCGAGAGAAGUGGCCGGCCCGAUCACGAAUACGCCUUUCGGCACGACGCCAUGAGUCUGAUUCAAGGAUGCCUUCACGACGAGUACAACAUGUACUCCCUGCUUGCGUACAUGGCCAACUACAUGCACGACAUCGAUGGGCUUUUGCCGUCGGCGGACGGGCCGGUCUACAUGCACCGCGCCCUCAGAGCCUCCCAGAACUAUGUCACGAGUCGGCAGCCGAUCACAGGCCGACUCAUCUUCAACAUCUUCGCCCUGGGCUGUGCAGAGUGGUACCGGUACAAUCGCGAGGCCGGGUACGUGCACCUCAAAGCGGCCAAGUCUAUCAUUGACUCGAUCGGAGGGUUAAAAUCCCAGGAUGGCCCGCUGGUGGAACUGUUGUUGACGGGGGAUGCCUACGUGGCGGCAGAGCUGGGCACGAAGCCCCUGUGGUCCGACACUGACUUUGACAACGGCGACGAGCAUCCCAUGACGGCCUACGGCCUGCAGGAGCUGCAGAAGCUUCUGUCUGGCACGGUCACCAUCGGGUCAGGGCUCCUCGGCUCUGCGCAGCGAAGGAUCAUCCCGGCCACCUUGCGCUGGAUCAUCUUGGAUCUCGCCGUGGUGCUCUCCGUCUUCAAGUCCUCACAAACUUUGGAGGCGGCGGUGGCGGCGGCGGAAGAUCAACCGCCGAGCCUCGAAGGGCUCCAUUGGAUCAAUGUCCGCAGCAUCGCCAUCAGACACCGUCUCCUGCAUCUGGACAUGGACGACGGGAGAAGUGCCGCCGUUCAGACGGCGCUUGUGCUGUGGAUGUUCCUGAGUCUUACCAUCACCGGACGAGUGCGGUCCGCUAAAGUCAUGGCGCCGUUCUUGCGGGAUCGACUCUGCUCGAUCCCGGACAAAGACUGGGAUGGUCACGAGGAGGUACUUCUAUGGGUUCUAAGCGUCGGCGCGCUAUCUGCCCAGGUGGGCUCUAAUGCCCAUACAUGGUUUGUCGGCCAGAUCAGUUCUUCUGCGAUCAUUAACAACGGACCGGCUCCGGCGGACAAGAUCUUCGCGGCUCUCCUGGCGCUCUCGGAGCGAUUUUUCUACCUGGCGGCGGAGCAGAAGAAUGAUCUCAGGGCUCUGGCUGACGACGUCCACGAUGUGUUGCAGACGAAUAGGAGGGAAUCAAAGUCCCGGUCUACGUCUCGAGGUGUGGAGCGCUGA